AAAUUCGCGCCGCCAGUAAUGAUUGGGCUGCCAUUGGAGCGGUUGUUCGUUUUCUGAGCUUUGUGUUGUUAAAAUCGUUGUGUUCGCGUUAAAAUCGUACAAAAUCCAGUGAAAAAUGUCGAACCCGGAGGAGAAAACCGAGGCCGGUGAACCCGAGGACAAUUCAAAUGAGUCGACGUCCGAUACUUUGUCAAAAGGGGAGGAAUUCGAGGCGAAGUUGGAGACAGAUCGCAGCAAAAGAUUCGACUUUUUGCUUAAACAAACCGAGAUUUUUUCGCAUUUCAUGAACCAGUCUAAAAAUGCCAACAAACCGAAAACGGGCCGUCCCAAGAAAGAAAAGAAGGAGGAUGUUGCCGACCACAGGCACCGUAAAACGGAGCAGGAAGAAGACGAGGAGCUCCUCGCCGAAACCAACACGAAAGUAAAACCGACGAUACGUUUCGACGCGUCGCCGAUUUUCAUAAAAAACGGGGAACUUCGAGACUAUCAAGUGCGGGGUUUGAAUUGGAUGAUAUCGCUGUACGAGAACGGAAUUAAUGGCAUUUUGGCCGAUGAGAUGGGUCUCGGGAAAACUCUGCAAACCAUUACGCUGCUCGGGUUUAUGAAGCAUUACAAGAACAUCAACGGGCCUCAUAUUGUCAUUGUGCCAAAGUCAACUCUGGCCAAUUGGAUGAACGAGUUUAAAAAGUGGUGUCCUUCACUAAGGGCUGUGUGUUUGAUUGGUGACCAAGAAGCUAGGAGCACGUUUAUUCGCGACGUGAUGAUGCCGGGCGACUGGGACGUGUGCAUCACCUCCUACGAGAUGUGCAUCAAGGAAAAAUCGGUUUUCAAAAAGUUCAACUGGCGCUACAUGGUCAUCGACGAAGCUCACCGCAUCAAAAACGAAAAGUCCAAACUGUCAGAGAUCUUGCGCGAGUUCAAAACGUCCAACCGCCUGCUUCUCACCGGUACGCCCCUGCAAAACAACCUGCACGAGUUGUGGGCUCUUUUAAAUUUCUUGCUGCCGGAUGUGUUUAAUUCCGCUGACGAUUUCGACGAGUGGUUCAACACCAAUCAGUGUUUGGGCGAUAAUCAGUUAGUGGAGAGGUUGCAUGCGGUAUUAAAACCUUUUUUGCUUAGACGUCUUAAGUCUGAAGUGGAGAAACGGUUGAAACCCAAGAAAGAGGUUAAAGUGUACGUGGGUUUGAGUAAGAUGCAGAGGGAUUGGUAUACGAAGGUUUUGAUGAAGGAUAUCGAUAUCGUUAACGGGGCCGGUAAGGUGGAAAAGAUGCGGCUGCAAAACAUCCUCAUGCAGCUUAGAAAGUGCACCAAUCACCCUUAUCUGUUCGAUGGAGCGGAACCAGGACCACCAUACACAACGGAUCAACACUUGGUGUACAACUGCGGCAAAAUGGUGAUUUUGGAUAAGCUCCUCCCCAAACUGCAAGAGCAGGAAUCCAGGGUUCUCAUCUUCUCCCAGAUGACGCGUAUGCUGGAUAUUUUAGAGGAUUACUGCCACUGGAAGCAGUUCCAGUACUGCCGACUGGACGGACAGACCCCGCACGAAGACCGUCAACGGCAAAUCAACGAGUACAACGAAGAUAACAGCAAGAAGUUUAUUUUUAUGUUGUCUACGCGCGCCGGCGGGUUGGGUAUUAAUUUGGCCACCGCCGACGUCGUCAUCAUCUACGACUCCGAUUGGAACCCGCAGAUGGAUCUGCAAGCCAUGGACAGAGCGCACAGAAUCGGCCAGAAGAAGCAGGUGCGCGUUUUCCGGUUCAUAACGGAAAACACCGUGGAGGAAAAAAUCGUUGAGCGCGCUGAAGUUAAGCUGCGUUUGGAUAAGCUCGUCAUUCAGCAGGGAAGACUUGUGGACUCGAAACAGCAAGCCUUAAACAAGGACGAGAUGCUGAACAUGAUCCGUCACGGUGCUAACCACGUUUUUGCCUCGAAAGAUUCGGAAAUCACCGAUGAUGAUAUAGAUACGAUUCUUGAAAGGGGCGAGGCGAAAACCGCGGAGUUAACGAAGAAAUACGAAGCGUUGGGAGAGAGUACGCUAAGGAAUUUCACCGUGGACGCCCCCACGCAGUCCGUUUAUAAAUUCGAGGGGGAAGAUUACAGGGAGAAGCAGAAAACGAUGGGGUUGAGUUCGUGGAUUGAGCCUCCUAAACGCGAGCGCAAAGCCAACUACGCCGUCGAUGCCUACUUCAGAGAGGCUUUGAGGGUUUCGGAACCCAAAGCGCCCAAAAUCAACGCGCCCAGACCGCCCAAGCAGCCCAUCGUGCAAGAUUUUCAGUUCUUCCCGCCUAGGUUGUUCGAGUUGCUCGAUCAGGAGAUUUACUACUACAGGAAGUCGUUGGGCUAUAAGGUUCCGAAGAACCCCGAGCUGGGGCCCGAAGCGUCGAAACAACAGAAGGAAGAGCAACGCAAAAUCGACGAAUCCGAGCAGUUGACGGAAGAGGAGCAAACCGAGAAGGAGAGUUUGUUAACGCAGGGUUUUACUAAUUGGAGCAAACGGGAUUUCAAUCAGUUCAUCAAGGCGAACGAGAAGUACGGGAGGGACGAUAUCGAGAACAUUGCGCGCGAAGUGGAGGGAAAAACGCCGGAAGAAGUGAUGGAGUAUUCCGCCGUGUUCUGGGAGAGAUGCCAUGAAUUGCAGGACAUCGACCGCAUCAUGGCGCAGAUAGAGCGCGGGGAGGCGAAGAUACAGCGGCGCGCGAGCAUAAAGCGCGCCUUGGACGCCAAGAUGGCGCGCUACAGAGCCCCCUUUCACCAGCUGCGCAUCGCGUACGGCACCAACAAGGGGAAAAACUACAUGGAAGACGAGGAUCGCUUCCUCGUCUGCAUGCUUCACAAGCUGGGCUUCGAUCGCGAGAACGUCUACGAGGAACUUCGCGCCGCCGUUCGCGCUUCGCCUCAGUUCCGCUUCGAUUGGUUUUUAAAGUCGCGCACCGCCAUGGAACUCCAGCGACGCUGCAACACGCUCAUCACUCUGAUCGAGCGCGAGAACGCCGAACUAGAGGAGAAGGAGCGCACCGAGAAGAAGAAGAAGAACCCUAAAUCCGGCAACGCCGCCGGCACCCCCACUCAGCAGCAACACAAGAGUUCGCACAAGAGGAAACACGACGGUUCCGGUGCGGCGGACAAAAAGAAGAAGAAGAAGAAAGAAGUUGCAUCCUUUUGAAAGUCCACCAAGUGAAGUUUAGUAUUAUGUUUAAUUAAUUGUUCUGUCCAGUGAUCCUAUUUAUACUUUUUUAAUAAUUGAUAUUUUCCUGCCGCACACGAAUCUUCAUGUUUAAGAUUGUAGAUGUUCCCUUAUAAAGACAAGUAUAAAGUUUUAGUUUCAUUCUUUAAAGUUCUACAAAAAAAUACAUU